UUGCUCUUUUUUUAUUUAUUUAUUGGAGGAGUGGGAAGGAAGUGGUUCAUAGGUUAGAGUCUGAGACUACCCUCAUUCUGAAUCUCUGAAGCCACACGGAUAUAGCUACCCUACAAUGCAGAAGUGCAAGAACUUGUUGGUAAAACCCACAAAGAGAAAGAGAAUGAAGAUUCACAAAUCUGUUUCAAGAAAGCAAGAAUCCAUACACCGAGUAGCAGAAGAAGAAAUAGAAGAAGGUUUCUGCUUGAAGAACUCAGCUCCAUCACACGCACAUGGGGUCCAACCAUUGGGUAAUCUCUACUUAAACCCAUCCCCACACAACUCAAGAAACACAGGCCUUGGUAAUCUCCAAACCUUGACUGAUGAGCUUGUUCUUGAAAUUCUAGGGUUUUUGGGUGGUACCCAUUUGGGGGUUUUAUCUAUUGUGAGCAAAUCCUUUUAUGUUUUUUGUAAUCAUGAACCACUUUGGAGGAACCUUGUAUUGGAAAAUUAUGAUGGUGGAUUCUUGUAUAAUGGGUCUUGGAGAUCUACCUAUGUUGCUACAUAUAAGCCUUCUUUUGCUGUUUCAAAUAUUGGUUCUUUGGGUUUGAAAGUAAGGGACUUUUAUUCUGAUUAUCUGUUUCAGAGUUGGCUUUGUGCUAACCUUGAAAUGAAACCUGAAUGGCUUGAAAGGGAUAACAUUUCUCGGAGGAAGGGAAUUUCUGUUGAUGAAUUUGUAUUGAAUUUUGAGGAACCAAAUAAGCCGGUGUUGUUGGAAGGGUGUUUGGAUAACUGGCCUGCUCUGGAAAAAUGGGACAGAGAUUAUUUGGUUGAGAUAUGUGGUGAUACUCCAUUUUCGGUUGGGCCGGUGGAAAUGAAGCUUGCAGACUUUUUUAGGUAUUCGGAUCAAGCGCGAGAAGAAAGACCAUUGUAUCUCUUUGACCCAAAAUUUGCAGAAAAAGUUUCAAAAUUGGGGUCAGAAUAUAAUGUUCCAGAGUAUUUUAAUGAGGACUUAUUCGGUGUCUUGGGCAAUGAGAGGCCAGAUUAUAGAUGGAUUAUUAUAGGACCAGUUGGGUCUGGUUCAUCAUUCCACAUUGAUCCUAAUUCAACAUCAGCUUGGAAUGCAGUGAUAAAGGGAUCCAAGAAAUGGGUAUUGUUUCCCCCUGAUGUGGUGCCGCCAGGGGUGCAUCCCAGCCCGGAUGGUGCAGAGGUAGCCUGUCCUGUUUCAAUCGUUGAGUGGUUCAUGAACUUCUAUAAUGCUACAAAGAAAUGGAAAAAGAAACCCAUUGAAUGUGUUUGUAAGGCUGGGGAAGUGAUCUUUGUGCCUAACGGCUGGUGGCAUUUGGUGAUCAACCUAGAAGAUUCCAUUGCCAUUACUCAGAAUUUUGUUAGUAGGAGAAACUUGUUAAAUGUUUUGGAUUUUCUCAAGAGGCCAAAUGCCAGCACACUUGUAUCUGGAACGCGAGACCGUAUAAAUUUGUAUGACAAGUUCAAAAAUGCUAUUGAAGCAUCUUUCCCUGGAACUAUUGAUCAAUUAAUUUCAAAAACAGAGGAGAGAAAGGCACAGCAGGAGAAAAAGUCCUUCUGGGAAUCAGUAACAGAUUCCAAAGCUGGUGCUUUCAAGUUCUCUUUCUAGAGAACGCCCAUGGAAGCCAGAACAACGAGAGGGCCCAGAUACCUACCGAGUUUACAAUCACUUGUGGAAGCCAGAACAAUGAGAAGGCUUCUAUACAGAGGCCACCACAUUCAUUGGAAGUCAAUCGCUUUGAUCCUAAAUUCCAGCUUCCAAAUGGGAAGGCAACUGAAGACAAUUUUGACAUUUGAUAUCUUGAAUUUUAUUCUUUGUUUCAAUUCAAAAAUGAGAGGAAUGAUUUAGAACUGUUGAGAUUGCGUGGUUGAGAUCAUAUUGUUGUAGUUUGAUCAGUUUUCACAAUAUUAUGACAUUUUUGGUUUAGAAGCCUU